AUGCCCUCAUUCACCUCCUCAUCCUCUCGAUCAUCCAAGAAAGACAACACCCCACCGCCAGCGAACUUGCUCCCAAAGGCCCACUCCCGCCCCCACCCACCACCACCCUCAUCACGACGCGCUCACUCUCCGCGUCCUCCUUCUGCAAGUGUCACCACGUCAGGGACGUCCUUGGUCAAGCAAAAACCGCCCAAGCAAGUCUCUCGUGGGCUGAGUGGACUGACGGCGACCAUCACCUCCCGCACUGAUCAAGUGCUCACCCAUGUCAACGAGCAAGUGACACAGAUUCGUGAGGAGCAACAGAAUGGCACGUCACAAUGGGUUGCUGGCGAGCUGGAUCGAACUUCGCACUGGGUGCAGGGCGAGCUUACCAGGACGAAUGACUGGGUUAGUCAACUGAGGGAAGAGCAGCAAAAGGAGGCGAGUCUAUGGCUCGAGCAGGAACUCGAGAAGGCACCAAAGGUCGCGAUGGAAAGUGCUAAGAAUACGUAUCUUGGUUGGCUUUCAGGGGAUGAGGGGAUUGUCACGGCGGCGCUGGCCUGGAUUCCUGUUGCUUUUGUUGCGGGGGAGACAGUGAGGGUUGGGAUUGAGGUUGGGAAGGUUGUGUAUGACCUGGUUCAGGGAACCUCUUCGAAUGGGCAAAGGAGGAGAAUUCAGGGGGCGUGA